AUGUCCGCGCGUUCGAUGUCCGCGCGCGCAUCCGUCGUCCUCGCGCGACGCGCUCGACGACGAACGCGAACGAUCGCGUCGGCAUCCACGGCGUCGUCGUCGUCACCGAAGCGCGUCCUGUUCGAACUCGUCGAUCGCUCGCGCAGGGGGGUGCGCGCGGGCGAUGCGGAGAAGGGAGACGUCGAGCGCGCCGUGGACGCGCUCGCGGCGUCGACGUCGAAGACGAGCGAGAACAACGCCGCGGCGCACGGGCGCUGGCGGUUGCGAUACACGACGGAGAAGGAGACGCUCUUCUUGUUAAAGCUCAAGGAGAGCACCACGGAGGCGUUUCAAACGUUAGACGUCAAAGGUAAGACACUAAAAAACGAGGUGGUGUUCAACGACGGCGAUGCGGUGUUCACCGUGGAUGCGAAAAUCGAGGCGGUGUCCGACACGCGGAUGGAUUUCUCCUUCACCGGCGCGUCGCUCGCGUUCCGGGGUGGUCUGACGAUCCCGAUUCCACCGUUCGGAAGCGGAUGGUUCGAAAACGUGUACGUCGACGACACCACGCGAGUCUCGCGCGACAGCAGAGGGGACACGUUGGUUUGCGACAGAGUUAGUUAG